GCCGCCACACCGCAGCCUGGCGGCUCACUACGCUGCACACCUCCGCACUUGUUGCACGCCCCGCUACCCCAGCCGCCGCCCCACGCUACUGCCGCCACCUCCCUCUCCCUCCCGCUGCUGUCCUCGCCGCCGCCGCUGCCUGGCCUCGACAGCUGCAGGUGUUGCUGGCCUCGCGUGUCCUCUCCCUCCCCCUUCCCCCCCCCCCUCACCUGCCAUUCCCACCUCCCUUCCCCCAGCACUCCUGUCAUACAAGUCUCCCCCCACCCCUUAUCUGUCAUACCCACUAGUCACCCCCUCUCCCCUUAAACUUGUUAUACCAAAACUCCCUUUCUCUUCACCUGUCACCCCUACCCCCUCUAGCCUCGCCUGUCACGCCUGAUCUUCCCCCUUCCAUCCCCACCAAGACGCCUCACCUGUCGCAGUACCCGCCAGUAGAGCUUCUUGUGUUGCGGGAGCCGAGUUAAGGGGGACUUGAGACAAGAUACUACUCCUCCUCCUCCUCGGUAGAAGAAUAGAGCCUCACACGUCACCUUGCUGCUCCUUGUAGAGUACCCGAGGAGCAUGGCAGCGACGGAGUCCGGGCCGCAGCAUACUGACCCGCCCCUUCAGGAUGAGGAAGCCGCCUCUCCUCACGACCGUCUCAUCUCGGGCCAGCAGACGGUCGUGUGGUCUCCCUCCGACGGCCGCACCACCACUACGACCACUACCACCACCACAACCACUGCCCCCUGCGCCUCGGCCUCCACUCCUGCUACGGCCGCCGCCUCCGGCCUCACCACCACCGCCAUGUCGCGGAAGUUCUCCUGCAACCCUAAAACGAUAAAGGAUGGGAUUAGAGCCAACCUCCUGCCCAUCCUGACGGUGUCUGGCGUCACUGGCGGUGCCGUCUUGGGAAUCAUCCUGCGGUACUCUCGCGAGGAGCGAUGGACGAAGCGGGAGGUCAUGUAUGUGGGUUACAUUGGAGAGCUCUUCCUUCGGGCUCUGAAGGCCCUCAUCAUCCCCCUCAUAGUCUCCUCCCUCGUCUCCGCAAUAGGUUCCCUAGAUCUGUCCCUAUCCAAGAAGAUCGGCCUGCGCGCUGUGACCUACUACAUGACAACGACGGUGCUGGCGGUAAUCUUGGGCAUCAUCCUGGUGGUGAGCAUCCACCCUGGUAAGGGCUCCGACGAAGGCAUCACUAAGGCAGGAGAGGCGCGCAGCGUUUACACUCCUGACCUCCUCAUGGACCUGCCCAGAAACUUCUUCCCACCCAACCUGAUUCAAGCCUGCUUCGAGACGUAUAAAACGGUCAUCAUAGAGCCCAAGCUAGAGGACAUGGAGAAUGGCACACGAAAAGAAUCAUGGAAAAGAAAAUAUAAUUGGACUGAGGGUACAUUGCCCCCCAAGUCUGAGUGGGAUAUAUCGUCUGAACACACUCGUGCUUUAAACAUUAUGGGGCUGGUGAGCUUCGCUACCUUCCUGGGACUGGCUCUGUCUACGCUGGGUGCGAAAGGAAAACCACUCCUAGCCUUCUUCCAGUCCCUCUCUGAUGCUUCCAUGGUCAUCACCUCCUGGCUUAUCUGGAUUUCCCCAGUUGGUAUCCUCUUCCUGGUGGCCUCCAUGAUGAUUGAAAUGGAGGACUUCAGUGUCAUGCUUGGCCAACUUGGCAUGUAUUUUGGCACCGUCAUCCUGGGUAUCUUCAUUCACGGUUUCCUUGUCCUCCCUGCUCUCUACACUAUAUUCACUCGCAAAUUGCCAUUCCGUUUUCUUGCCAACAUGACUCAGGCCUAUAUCACGGCCUUUGCUACUGCUUCCAGCUCAGGAACCCUGCCAGUGACCUUCCAGUGCCUUGAGGAAAAAAACCAUAUUGAUACUCGCGUUACCCGAUUCGUCAUUCCUAUUGGUGCCACAAUCAACAUGGACGGAACUGCUCUGUAUGAGGCUGUCGCUGCCAUUUUUAUUGCACAAGUCAGAGGCAUAGCUCUCACAAUUGGACAGGUUGUUGCCAUCAGUAUUACUGCUACUGCAGCUGCUAUUGGUGCUGCAGGUAUUCCACAAGCAGGUCUGGUUACCAUGGUGAUGGUUCUUGAUGUUGUAGGGCUCCCUGCUGAAGAUAUGACUCUAAUCAUUGCUGUUGACUGGCUGCUUGAUCGAUUCCGUACUAUGAUCAACGUUCUUGGCGACAGUAUUGGUGCUGGGCUGGUAUAUGAACUUAGUAAGAAGGAACUUGAGCAAAUGAACAUUAAUGCUAAUGCUAAUGGUGACGUGGAUCGACCAUCCAAUGAAAUUGCUAUGGAUGCCGUAGAGUGCAGCAAAAUGUGAGAAAAGGUAGAAUAUAACCCACAGCUCGAUAUAAAUUUUACCGGGUCUACUAGCCCUUCAACUUUACGACUCCAGGGCCUUGGCACUAGCAACUCGGCCAGGAAUGCAAAGCAGGACUGGAAGGAACUGACUUCUUUGCAACAUGAAACUCUCCUUUAGAAUGGUGUUCCAAAGGUAUUCAAUGACUUCAUGCCUUGCCAUGGUUGGCAAAUUUUAAAAAGAUACUUCCAUGUCCUCCAGAGGUGAAUUUGUGUAUUUUUACAUGGAAGAGAGAUAUACACUAUAUAUUUGUAUAUAUACAAUUUUGACCAGGCAUAGUAUUGUGAUUAAGGGGGUCUUGCUUGAGGACGUCAUAAAUACCUGAUCUGAUACAUUGUCAGAUUUCCAUUUUUGUCUGAUGAACAAAUUGGUGUAAUAUUUUAGAAAAUUGAUUUAAGUUACUACAUAAGAAAAUAUGUACAAUUGUUAUUUUGCUAGACCUUUUUUAAAUAUGGACAUACAGUAAUUGCAUCAGCAGUGCAGCUUUUAGUAAGGUAUUGUUUUUACUUGUUGUUCAUUUCAGUUGCAGCAGUUUAUAUUUUUUAAAUAAAUUUUCUUGCAAGCAUAGUUUUGUUUGCAUAUGAAAGUUGACUUGAAAUACAAAUUACCACUUACAUUUUAAUAGUAAAUCCUCUUUUCUCCGCUAGUGACUAAAAUUUUAUCAAAAUAGCCAAGAAUGAUACACAAUAGUGUAUACAAAAUGGUGCAUUUAUUGUACCUCAAUUGACAAUAUCUUGCUUAGAUAUGUUACUUGGCAUAUAUAUAUAUAUAAGCAGUUUUGUAAUUGUCUUGUUGGAAGGUAUAGAGAUUAUAUAUAUAUUUGUUGUAAAGUUGUAGGGCCUCGGCUACUGUGUUUGUGUUAGCAUAUGAUGUCGCGAAAAUCCUUUCAUCCUCAUUUCAGAUGUGUAGAUACUAUAAACAUAGGCAUGUGAAACCAAGCAAUAAAACCAAAUUUCUGCAUGACCUUAUUAACUAGUAGUGUUGAAGUUGCCAGGGUAUAUGGCUUGGGUUUCACGUGUACUCUUAUCAUGUAAAUAUUCGAUGAAUAUGUACAAAUAUGUGUAUUUAAGGGGUAUAAUCCCUGGGCGCACAUGUUUCCACAGCCAUUCUUGAGAACCCUUGAAUGAAGUUUAGCUUUAUGGGAAAAUGAGCAAUAUUUUCUUCAGCAAUCACCACACACACUUCUGUCAUAAGUGUGGAUUUCAUCUUGUAUAAAAACUCUACUGGUUAGUGAUUGACACUUUGUUUAAAUUGGUUAACAAUAUUAAAAACGUCAAUGGACUUAAGAUUUUUCCACCGUAUUUUAAGUCUGUUGGAAACCAGCGAUGGCUCUCCCAAAAGCUGGGUCUCGAUUGCUUUUAAAGCAUUACUAUAUUAAUAUGUAAUGUAUGGAGAUUUUAAUCUUGUUAGAUAAAGCAAUGGUUGAUGUUCAACAGUAGAAUUCACAUCUGUUCAGUGGCAUAGCCUGACAAAUUUUCCUUAAUUUUGUUCAUACUGUACACGUGUUCAUUGUACAGUACAGUAUUUGUGAUGGAACAAGCAAUUCAUAAACCAGUAGGGGUUUCUAUGGGGAAUGAUGUUUGUACAGAAUGCUAUAUUAAAAUUCCUGGAAAAAAUGUGGCUUGCUACCUCACAACUGUAGAAACACAGACAAGCCAGUGAGGGCAAACUGUAUGCUUGGAGAUGAAGUAAUAUAUAGUCAUAAUGGCCCUUUAUCAGCAGAAAAUAAAUCUGCAUGGUUUUGUGGCUAAUUGAGGGUUUUGAUAUACGAGUAACCGAUUUAGAAUUAAGGUUACCCUGCUUCAUAUCAUAUCGUAUUGUACUUGAGAGAAGCUAGUAAAUGUUUUUAUAGAUCUUAGGUAGUUGAGAUAUGUUAAGUAAUGUUUGUGCUUGUCAAAAAAUUUAACUUUCUUAUAAACUAUUUGUUGAUUUGAUAUUUAUUAGUCAAUGGGUCAAACAUUGAUACCUGUAUACACACCCCUGAUGACAACAUUGUGUAAUACAUUCAGCUAAAGUUUUUAUGUACUGACAAUUAUUAACCAUAAAAUUGUUUUAAAGGCUAAAUUUGAAUAAACUACUGAUUUUGAGCAGUAAGAGAAUGAAAAGCUUUCCCGAAAUGGAAGAAAUAACUGUCCUAGAUACUGAACAUUAAUAAUUAGGUAAAUUAAGGUACUGCAUUGUUAAUUUUGUAUUAUGUGAACCUGAUAAGCCAAACCACUAAGUAAUUUUAACAUGUUUAAAACUUGUUGAAUGUGUAACAAAUGUAUUUCUCAAAUUGAGCAAACAUUAAAUAUACAGUGUCUUAA